UCUUCCGGGGACAUUCCUCCCUUUUUUUGUCUGGAGCCCUCUAACAGUUCUCGGCCUGUCUCCUAGGGGACGGGUGAUGCAGAACAGUCUAGUGCCAGGUCCAGCUCCAUUCAACUGCCAACCCGCCUGCCUGGCCCAGCUAUGACCAUGGACCCCUCUUUACAAUCGCAGGCUCUGCACCGGGCUCUGGAGCGGAACCGGACCAACUACGCGCGCAGUCCACCCCGGGUGGUGUUCUUAAAACCCAAGGCCAGUGAGACACCUGUGCUUUUCAGCUUGAUGAAUGCCAGUGAGGUGGCUGUGAAAAAAUUUUUACCUAAGAGUCACUUAUCAAGGGUGAUUAUCCGAGACAACCUCAGUGCUCAGCGACUCUAUGAAUUGGAGAGACGAGUAGCAGAGAAGACCAAGAAGAAAAUGAGUUACUUCUUCGACCACUUAAAGAAGAAGUUCAUGACAGACCAGAUGAAGAAAAUGAACCGCUGGCGCCGGGAAGCACUGCCUGUUGAGAGAUACUUGGAAAGCAUCCAUCAAAACCAACGGGAGAAUGAUGCCAAGUUCAAGAAGAUGCCUUUGAAAAGUGCUCCCCUGAGAGAGUCUGAUAAUAUCAAGAAAACCAAAAACAUUCACAAAUGACCAAAAGAGGAGACCUUUUCUUGGGGAGGAGGAGGAGGAGGAGCUGUGCUCAGCCUCAUGGAGUGUCCUGGUGACAACUAAACUCUUUUUGGUCACUAUUUACUCAUUUUGCAUGGUUUCCUUGGCAUCACAGAUGUGUGAGUUAUAAACCUAAGAAUAGAGGGAAGGUAGGCAUCAAGGUAAGGAUAAGUACAAGUUGGACACUUAAUUGCCUUUAUGAUUUUAGGGAAGUGCUUUCCCCUCUCUAGAGCCCUCAGCUCCCUCCUUUGUAAAAUCAAGGUUCUAAAGUACUUUCCCAUUUUAAACUCGCUGAACCCCUGAGGAUAAUUUGUUAUUAGGUGAGCUAUGGAAUUAAUAGAAUCACUGCCAUCACACUGCAAUAUUACAAGCUCAUCUUCCCAGACUGCUAUCCAAAGUCCUUUUCCCAUCACACCAGGGGGGAUAAGAUGAUGCACCUUUUUAUAGAUGGGAAAACUGAGGCUCAGUUAAUUGCCAAAGGUCAUGACUGGUAAAUACUGAAAGAACUUAAACCAAGAUGUUUUGAUUGCAAGUCCAACUUUCCUCCCACUAGUCUCUAGUAUUCCACCUCCCACUUAAGCUAAUGUUAGAGACAUGUGGGGUUUGGAAAGGCUUUAAAAAAUUCUGGGCUCAAGAUGAAAGCUUGUGGGGGCAGAGUUGCUUCCCCUCUGAGGCAAGGAGCCAGGGUAGGAGGGAUGGUGGAAUCAUCUCCCCAGGUGAAGCCCUCAGGGCCAGCUAAGAAAAAACACCCAGUUUACCAAGCAAUUGCCAGUUAUUCAGCUGUUUUCAGCUUAAGGGGGACAAGAAAGAAAAAGAUUUAGGAUUUACACUUCAAUGUAGCAAACAGAUCAACAGCUGUAGGUUUUUAACUCUAGAAUUAGCUACUCAGGACUGACUUGGGGAUAGUUUAAUUAGGAACAUUAGGGUACUUUUCCAACUUUGUGGUUAGCCAGUUAAUGUAACAAUUAAAUUUAAGUUUUGAUUCAAUGUGAGAGCUAUAAAACUGGUUGCCAAUUAUAAAAUAUUAUCCCCUAAAUCAAAA